AGGUACUGGGUUCGAGUCCCAGAGAAAAAAAUCAACUCUGAUAUGCAGGUACAUCCAGUUAACGAGUCCCAAAGAGGAUGAAACGCGCGUCCUGGAUUAAACUGCUUGCCACAAUUCAUCUUUGUUUAAAAUGUAAACACUAUUGAAACGUUUCAAACUAUAAUUUUGAGACAAUUAUUCUGUGCCCAUUCAUUUUCAAUGUCCUUUUAACUGAUAUACAAAACUCUCUUCAUUUAAUCAUAACACCUAACAAAUUGUCAACCUUAUUAUUAUUCCCGAUUUUCUCUUUUAAUUAGUAUCAAUCGUUAAUGCUUUAACUGUUAUUAUAGUCACUAAUAUCAUUAGUUAGUUUUUUUUUUUUGAUGUACAAAACAACUUUCAAAGGUUUUUUUUUUAGGACUUGACAUUAUAAGUGUCAAACUAGCUAUAAUUCUAUAUGUAUGUAAUCACACUAUGUAGGUACACAUAUUUAUACAUGUCAAUAAAUGAUAAGGUUUCAAAGUGAAAAAAUCCUAUCCACCUUCCCCCCCCCUUUAGUAAUAAGUGUACAGUUAUGGUUAAUUCAUGUCAAGAAGUAAAAAAAAAAGAGGAACAUACAUUUCAUUUUAUAUUCUCAUUUUAUUUCUUUUUAAUGUAUGUAUGUAUGUUUUGGUUACUUAUAUUUGAUAGUUAUAGUUAUCAUUGAAAAUAUUAAAGUCAUCAUAACGUUGAUUAGUUAGUUAAUCAGUCAUAGAUAAUAUAUAGAAUAUAUCAUGAAUAUGCGUAUCAGUUUAAUUUGUCAUACUUUACAAAUAAUAGAACAAUAAAGUGAAACGUAUGUAGAAAACUAAAUAUAGAAAGUAUGUUUCCAAAAUCACGAUCAAGAUUGUUGAAUAUCGGUAAACAAUAAAACUGAUUUAAGAUGGUGGUUGGAAGUGAUCAACAGGAAACCCUGGACCCGGGUUUCCUGCUACUUAACACUCGUCAGCAAGAUGUACAUGUAAUCUUGAGGGAACUAGUGCUCCCUGACGAAUUCGAUCCCGUGUCACUCAGCUUCACAGUCAGAGACGCUAUUCGGGCCGCGACCGACCUCCUGUAGGACUGAGAUGCAAGCACAAUUGACACAAACGAAAUUGAGUUCAAGAUUUCUGAUGAAUAUUAAACGGACUGAGAUUUCAUUAUUGUGACUGAUUUUGAGAUAUGUCAUUUUAUAUCUAAUGAAAUUUCCAAACCGUGUUUAUCAUCUCAACGACAUUCAGUUAUAUCUCAAUCUAUUAAAAAUAAUACUGUAUCUAAUGACGUCAACAACGGUAAUAAUGAUCGAUUAGAAUCUAAAAUUAAUUCAAUAUCAAAAAACUGUUGUAUUGUUGUAAAAAAGGAAUUUGAACAAACAUGCGACAAAAAUCAUUCACAAGUCAAUUGCGAUUCAUCUAACAAAAGAUCAAUAACUGAUCCAGGAGAUUAUUUAUCAAACACUGAAAAAAUUAAACAUACUAAGAAUAAAAUUGAUGGAAAAACGAUUACUUUUAUGGAUAAUAAAAAUCCAAGUGUCAACCUUCACUUAACUGAAGAUACUCAUAGUACACCUAUACAAAAACAAACUAGUUAUCCAUUUAAAGCAAAUACAUUUCGUUCAGUUAAAAAUAAACAUAAAAAUCAUCAUAAAACUAUCAGUAAACAACAAUCGCAACAACAACACCAGCAUCAACAACAAAAACAUUAUGAAAAUGAGAUGAGUUUAAAACCAGAAAUUAAAUUAAUUGAUUCAAGACCAAGAACAAGAUUAUGUAUUCAAUCAGGAAUAAAAACUCAUACAAAAACAAUGACACUACAAAAAAAUUUAAUCACUGAUGAUAGUUUAAUUAGUGAUGAUUUAAAUAUGACCGGUUUUAUUUCAUUACCUAAUAAAAACAUAUCAACAAGGAAAGUAACCAGUAAAUUACCAACAUCACCAUCAAUGCCAUUACCAAAAGUAAUCUCUACUGAUAUAUAUAAUGUUAAUUUAUCUGAAAUAGAUCAUUAUAGUGAACCAUAUAAUAGUAGUAGUACAUGUGAAUCAUUAAUUGAAUAUAAACAAACAGAUAAAUUAAUAAUGGAUCAUCAAAAUGAUCCUGAUUUAACUAUGAAACUUGAUAGAAUUGCUUGUGAAAUUGGAUUAUUACAUGAUCAAAGAAGAAUAAGACGUGAAAGUUCAUUAUCUUUGCAAUAUGAUAUUGAUGGUUUAAUGUCAAUAAAUAGUCCAUGUUCAGAAUCAAAUCUACCUAAAGCUGAUUUGGAUCAACUUUUAACACUGGAAAUAUCAACCACUCUUUCUAAUCCAGCUUAUGUUAGUUCAUCUAAAAAUGAAACAACAACUGUUCAAACAAUUUCAACAUCUUUAAAUAAUACAAAAAUUGCCGACUCAAGACAUAGAACUCAUUUAUCUCGAGUUGAUUCAUCUUUAACUGAUGCUAAUAAACUCAAAUCUCAAAGUCGACCAAAUAGUACAGGCAGUCGAAUUAUUAAAGAGUUUCUACGACAUAUAUCACCAAAAUUAGGACGUAGUUUAUCAAGAAUUUCUAGUAGAAAAAAGUCUGAUAAUCAAAAAUCAAACCAAGAUAAUCAUGAAACAAAUUUUGAAAGUCCUCAGUCUACCUCUACUUCAUUUGAACGUUGUAAAUCAGAACGUAUCUAUCCAAAAAAAUCACUUCUUCGAUUCAUUCCACGUUGUUCAAGUCGUUCAAAAGAACGUAAAAGGAAGCAGAUCUCAACUACAGAAGCAAAUACUCAAAUCAUUCCACCAUAUUCAUUGAAUGCAAAUAUUAUAAGAAGUGAUACAAAUAAAGCUACAAUAGAUGAGGAUAAGAAAUCUAACCAUUCAUUAAAGAUCGAACAACAAUUUCCUUCCUUGUCUCAUAAUCAUCACCGAAAUCAGUAUUAUUCACGUUAUUAUGAAAAUGAUUUCAACCAGCAUCCACAAUCACGUCCUGCAAGUAUCGCUUUACCAGUUGACAAGGAUAGAAAUGAUGAAAUUUCAUUUCCAACAUAUAACCAAUUACAAACCAAUCGUCAGAUUAAUCUGAAUAACAUUCCGAAAAUUAAAGAAUUCGAUCAUUUGACUUCUGGUGAUCAUCCAGGACCGACUUACCUUAAUGCUGCAUUAAAUGCAUUUGGUUAUGGUUGUAAACCAGACUGGAAACAUUUUUGUGUUUCCCCAUCAGCUAGACGUUUAGCUCAUGCAAGACAGUCAAUGAAAGUAAAACAAAUUGAAAGCAAUCCAUGUAACAUAACUUUAUCCAACGAUAAUAAAGAAAAUGAUGAAAUUUUAGACAAUAAAAAUAGUGAUUAUGAUGAUCAUGAAACAACUGAUGAGAAAUGCAUGGACAAUAACCUUAAACAAACUAUUGAAUAUUCAUGUGAUAAUGAUCCAAGACAAUCUGUUGAAAAAUCGAUAAUAUUGAAUAAUGAUCAUGGUGAUAUGUUUAUUAAACAACAACACCACCACCACCAACAACAACAACAUAGUAACCAAUAUAGUAAAGAUGAUUUAAUAAUUUUAUCUGAUAUAUUUAGUAUAAAUCAAGAUACUACUAAUAAGAAUAAUCAGUAUAAUUCUAAUAAUGAUUCGGAUCAAUUAUUGAUAAAUCUUGGAAUAGAUGAUAUACAUAAACAGAAGAAGAAAAAGAAUUCCUAUAAUAUUCUAUCAGCUAUUAAAUCUAAAACACCACCUAUAAAACGUAGAAAUACUGCAUUUGCUAUAAAAGCUAAAUCAGCUAAAUUAAAACAACCAUUAAAUGUAUUGUUACCAGUUAAUAUUCGAUGCCAUAAUAAACUGUCAACAGUAAUAUCUAAAACUAAUGAAAUGGAUUGUAUUCAAUUAAGAAAGAAAGAAGAACUUACAACUUUAUUUGAAAAUGAACAAUCAUUAACAAAUCAAGAUAUGAGUACAAGUACUACUACUACUACUUCUACUGUCAGUAAUAAUAAUAAUACACCAUCGGAUAACUUGUCAACAUUAUUCUGUCCAUUACUAUCUGGAUCAACGAGAUUUGAUGAAAUUGAUGAAUCUAUGAAGAGGCUUUCAUCUUCUUCAAAUGAAUUAUAUUAUCAAUCAGAUAUUGUACAUAAUACUACUAAUAAUCCAUUUGAAUGUAUUAAAAAUUCUGAAAGUACUACUACUCAUUUAGAAUUAUCAAUAAAUAAUGAUAGAGAUUAUGUAAUGAAUCUAUUGAAAUAUGUACAAACAUUUGAAUGUCAAUUAAUGAAUGUGAUUAAUCUAGCAAAAGGGAUGGUUGAUCAGAAUAAUCACACUAUAAAUGACAAUCUAUUAGAUUUAACAAAUGAAAACCUAAAUAAUGAUGAAUUAUUGACAGGUAUUGGUCAUAUGCAAAUGUUAAUUAAUGGAAAUCUUACAAUGUUGUGUAAAUUAUGCAAAAUUUACUUAGAAACUAAUUUAAAUAUAAAAAAACAACAGUCAAUUGAAUAUAUUCCAUUAAAAAGUGAUUUAGAAGGUUAUUGGAAUUUAAUAUUAUUACAAUAUAAACGAUUGGAAACACAAUUUCCAAUAUUAAUUAAUUGGAUUUCAAAUGAUUUUCGUGAUAAAUUACAAAUACUUAUUAAAGAAUCCCUUAGUGAUCUACCUAGUUGUUCAUCUGAGUUUAUUAAUUCUUCAUAUAUGAAUAAAGAAUAUAAGAAGAACUCUAUUAAACAAACAAAUAUAACAUCAUAUAAAAAGAAAUUGUCUGGAGCCAACAAAAAUAAUAAAAAAUCUAUUGACUUACAUAUAACAAUACAACAACGUAUCCGUAAUGCUCGGAAACAAAUGUUAGAAAAACAAAAAAAUCAAAUUAUGGUUACUAAGGAAAAUGAUAUUGAUGAUCAAUCUACAUACAAAAAUACAUAUUUUUAUACUAUUGAAUAUUAG